UUAAACCCGCUCUUAGAAGGUCAUGUCUCAGCUGAGCUCGCUGAAGAAGUGGCGAGCUGACACUGACAGCCGUUGCGGCUAACGUUAGCAUUUAGCAGAUCCUUCAUUCAUUCAUUUGACUGGAAACAUGCAGGAAUGGGCCAACCAACUAUGCGAGAACCGACAAUUUGGGUCCAAGAUGACAGACUCAAAGUACUUCACCACCACCAAAAAAGGUGAAAUCUUUGAACUCAAAGCUGAGCUGAACAGUGAUAAAAAAGAGAAAAAGAAGGAGGCAGUGAAGAAAGUGAUUGCGUCUAUGACUGUUGGCAAGGAUGUCAGUGCCCUCUUUCCAGAUGUUGUCAACUGCAUGCAGACGGACAACCUGGAGCUGAAAAAGCUGGUCUACCUCUAUCUGAUGAACUAUGCCAAAAGUCAGCCAGACAUGGCCAUCAUGGCUGUCAACACCUUUGUGAAGGACUGUGAAGACCCCAAUCCUCUAAUUCGGGCUCUGGCUGUUCGCACCAUGGGCUGCAUUCGUGUGGACAAGAUCACAGAGUAUCUGUGCGAGCCACUUAGGAAGUGUUUGAAAGAUGAAGACCCCUAUGUGAGGAAGACUGCAGCUGUGUGUGUAGCCAAACUCCAUGAUAUCAACGCACAACUGGUGGAAGAUCAAGGAUUUCUCGACACCCUCAAAGACCUUAUCUCAGACUCAAACCCCAUGGUGGUUGCAAAUGCAGUGGCAGCGCUGUCCGAGAUCGCAGAGUCUCAUCCCAACAGUAAUCUUCUAGACCUGAACCCUCAAACCAUUAACAAGUUGCUGACAGCUCUUAAUGAGUGUACAGAGUGGGGACAGAUCUUCAUUCUCGACUGCCUGGCCAAUUACACACCUCGUGAUGACCGCGAGUCUCAAAGCAUCUGUGAACGUGUCACCCCGCGGCUCUCCCAUGCAAACUCUGCCGUGGUGUUGUCGGCUGUUAAGGUUCUCAUGAAGUUUAUGGAGAUGCUGCCAAAAGACCUAGACUACUAUGGAACCUUACUAAAGAAGCUGGCUCCUCCGUUGGUCACUCUCCUGUCUGCUGAGCCCGAGUUGCAAUAUGUAGCACUGAGAAAUAUCAAUCUCAUCGUACAAAGACGACCGGAGAUCCUGAAACAUGAAAUGAAGGUUUUCUUUGUGAAAUACAAUGAUCCAAUUUAUGUUAAACUGGAGAAAUUGGACAUCAUGAUUCGCUUGGCAUCCCAAGCUAACAUUGCCCAGGUUCUGGCUGAGUUGAAGGAAUAUGCCACUGAGGUGGAUGUGGACUUUGUCCGUAAAGCUGUGCGGGCUAUUGGACGCUGCGCCAUUAAAGUAGAGCAAUCUGCGGAGCGCUGUGUCAGUACGCUGCUUGACCUUAUCCAGACAAAGGUCAACUAUGUUGUGCAGGAAGCUAUUGUGGUCAUCAAGGACAUCUUUCGCAAGUACCCCAACAAGUAUGAGAGUGUGAUUGCCACUUUGUGUGAAAACCUGGACUCACUAGAUGAACCGGAAGCACGUGCAGCCAUGAUUUGGAUUGUGGGGGAGUAUGCCGAGCGCAUCGACAAUGCUGAUGAACUACUUGAGAGCUUUUUGGAGGGUUUCCAUGACGAAAGCACUCAGGUGCAGUUACAACUUUUAACAGCCAUUGUUAAGUUGUUCCUUAAAAAACCGACGGAGACCCAAGAGCUGGUGCAGCAGGUCCUCAGUCUGGCAACUCAGGACUCUGAUAAUCCAGACCUUAGGGAUCGCGGCUACAUCUACUGGCGUCUUCUUUCCACUGACCCAGUGGCCGCUAAGGAGGUGGUUCUGGCUGAGAAGCCCCUAAUUUCCGAGGAGACCGACUUGAUUGAGCCCACGCUGCUGGAGGAACUCAUAUGCCACAUUGGUACUUUGGCCUCUGUCUAUCACAAGCCGCCCAGCGCCUUCGUGGAGGGCAGUCGUGGUGUUCAACACAAGAGACUCCCCGGCAGUGCUGGAUCCGGCGAAAGCGUGGAGAGCCCUGACACAGGUUCUGCUGCUGUCACUUCUGAGGCGCCCCCUGCAGUCAUUCCGUCCCAGGAUCUUCUUGGAGAUCUGCUCAAUCUGGAUCUAACGCCUACAACCACAACUGGGCCACCGCCUCCGUCCUCCGGCCUGCAAAUGGGGGCUAUGGACCUUCUCGGAGGAGGACUGGAUAGCCUGAUGGGGGAUGAGUCUGAGCCGCCGCCCGUUCCCCUGCGGACAGACACUCCUCAGUCACCGCAGCCCCUCCAUCAAUCCCCAUCGCCCCCAGAUUACAGCCCGACUGAGAUUGGUGGAGACCUUGGAGGAAGUCCUGCUAUGCCAGCUGGCUUUGGCGCACCACCCGCUGCCGUACCGCCUGCUUUCACCGCCCCUGUAAGUGGUGGUCUGGAUGACUUGUUUGACCUUGGCGGUGGAGUUGGUAUGCCAGUGAGUGCCUAUGUGCCUCCCAAAACACUUUGGCUUCCAGCUAUGAAGGCGAAGGGCUUGGAGAUUACUGGAACAUUUGGUCGUCGAGCUGGAGUUGUUCAAAUGGAGAUGACUCUUACGAAUAAAGCAAUGAGUGUCAUGACUGAUUUUGCCAUUCAAUUCAAUAGAAACAGUUUUGGUUUGGCACCUGCUGGUCCUCUCCAGGUUCUGACUCCAGUUAGCCCAAACCAGAGUAUCGAGGUGGUUCUUCCCCUCAACACUGUGGGACCUGUCAUGAAGAUGGAGCCUCUCAAUAACCUACAGGUGGCUGUGAAGAACAACAUUGACGUCUUCUACUUCAGCUGCCAGUACCCCAUCAGCAUGCUCUUCGUAGAGGACGGGAAGAUGGAGCGACAGGUGUUCCUAGCCACGUGGAAAGACAUUCCGAAUGAAAAUGAGUCCAAGUUCCAGCUGAACGACUGCCAUCUUAACUCAGAUGCGGCCUCCAGCAAACUGCAGGGAAGCAACAUCUUCACCAUAGCUAAGCGAACUGUGGAAGGUCAGGAUAUGCUGUACCAGUCCAUGAAACUCACCAAUGGAAUUUGGGUUCUUGCUGAGCUUAGGGCCCAGGCAGGAAACCCUAACUACACAGUCUCUCUGAGAUGCAGAGCCCCUGAGGUUUCCCAGUGCGUCUUCCAGAGCUAUGAGGCGGUGCUGAAGAACUGAGAAACACGGGGGAAAAAUCAACAGUAAACACUGACUGGCCGUAUGCCGCCAUCUGCUUCUCCAGCCCAUGGACUACGUCACACUGUCAUGCAGUGCAGGACAUUCGGGUUGAUGCAAACUGUCUGUCUGUAUUCAUUUUUUGAAGUCAUUUAUAAUUCUUUUCAAUGUAAUUUAGAUUGUAUAAAUCGUUAGCGCUUUCUAAUUUAGCCAGAUGAUUCCUCAUCUUGUAGGGGAAACCUUACGAAAUGCUGUAUCUGCGUUCACAUCACAAUCUACUUAUUUAUUUAGGGUGCUGUGUACUGAAACGCCCCCCAAAUAUGCUGAAAUUCUUGUUACGCAUGUGUGAGCUGCAGGUAGGACUUCUUGGCUUGUGUAUUUUGAUUUCUUUUAUUUUGACAGUCAUAUACGGUCUUUUCAAAGACUGGAAAGCCCUCUGAACUCUAUCGUAGUCAUUCCGGCCUUUAAUUUUUUGUUUUAGAAUUGUCUCUGUGUUUGCGUCAAGGCGGAACAAUGCGGUCCGCCGAGAUUUAGGCUCGGGAGGACUAAGUGUAAAUGAUGAAGCGGCAGUUCGUAGCGCUGAAGUAAUCAGUGUGCAUGUUGGUACGGCUGGCGAGGACAGCGCUCAGUGUCUCGCCCUCGUACUCCAAAGAUUAAUUGGAUUCUUUUUUUUCUCCCAGUGACUGCACUGAUGCCCUUUUCAUCAGCUCUGCAGAGUCUAAGCAUCCGUCACCUUUUCUAUCGAUCGAUUUGCAGGUGGCUGUGAUGCCGCCGUUGGCAGGGAAGUCUGCUGUUUGAAAACAAAACUAAUAUUGAAUGGUUUUGUUUGGUUUAUGUGUGUACAUCAUCUAAAAGAGAAAUAUUAAAAGUCUUGAUCACUUCU